AUGGACGGGCUGCCCGGUCGGGUGUUGGGGGCCGCCUGCCUUCUGCUCCUGGUGGCGGGCUGGCUGGGGCCCGAGGCCUGGGGCUCCCCCACGCCCCCGCCGUCGCCCGCUGCGCCGCCGCCGCCCCCGCCGCCCGGAGCUCCGGGCUCCUCGCAGGACACCUGUACGUCGUGCGGCGGCUUCCGGCGGCCUGAGGAGCUGGGCCGGGUGGACGGCGACUUCCUGGAGGCAGUGAAGCGGCACAUCUUGAACCGCCUGCAGUUGCGGGGCCGGCCCAACAUCACGCACGCUGUGCCCAAGGCCGCCAUGGUCACGGCCCUGCGCAAGCUGCACGCGGGCAAGGUACGCGAGGAUGGCCGCGUGGAGAUCCCACACCUCGACGGCCACGCCAGCCCCGGCGCCGACGGCCAGGAGCGCGUCUCCGAAAUCAUCAGCUUUGCUGAGACAGAUGGCCUCGCCUCUUCCCGGGUUCGCUUGUACUUCUUCGUUUCCAACGAAGGCAACCAGAACCUGUUUGUGGUGCAGGCCAGCCUGUGGCUUUACCUGAAACUUCUGCCUUACGUGCUGGAGAAGGGCAGUCGGCGGAAGGUGCGGGUCAAGGUGUACUUCCAGGAGCAGGGCCACGGAGACAGGUGGAAUGUGGUGGAGAAGAAGGUGGACCUCAAGCGCAGUGGCUGGCACACCUUCCCGCUCACCGAGGCCAUCCAAGCCCUGUUCGAGCGCGGUGAGCGACGACUCAACCUGGAUGUGCAGUGUGACAGCUGCCAGGAGCUGGCCGUAGUGCCAGUGUUCGUGGACCCCGGUGAGGAGUCACACCGGCCCUUCGUAGUGGUGCAGGCUCGGCUGGGUGACAACAGGCAUCGCAUCCGGAAGCGGGGCCUGGAGUGCGAUGGCCGGACCAACCUCUGUUGCAGGCAACAGUUCUUCAUCGACUUCCGGCUCAUCGGCUGGAAUGACUGGAUCAUCGCGCCCACUGGCUACUACGGGAACUACUGCGAGGGCAGCUGCCCGGCCUACCUGGCCGGGGUCCCCGGCUCCGCCUCCUCCUUCCACACGGCCGUGGUGAACCAGUACCGCAUGCGGGGCCUGAACCCCGGCCCUGUGAACUCCUGCUGCAUCCCCACCAAGCUGAGCUCCAUGUCGAUGCUCUACUUCGAUGACGAGUACAACAUCGUCAAGCGGGACGUGCCCAACAUGAUCGUGGAGGAGUGUGGCUGCGCCUGAUGGCGGAGGGCAGGGGCACAGCGGCAGUGGGGUGUGGACGACAGUCCCCGGUGGGCUUCUUCCAGCCCCUGCGGGAACAGGAGGUGCCCGGUGGGCUGAGCGCGGUCAUUCCGUGGGCUGCAGGGAGAGGGCCAGGGUGAAGCCCGAGGGAAUUGCCUACUACUCCAUACAGCAACCCGGUCAAAGCCAGAGGGAGAGCCCCCAGCUGACAGGAGAGACUUUCAAAUGCACACCGUAGACAUGCACAGCCAGACGCAUCCUGCCACCCACACAGCAGCCUCCAGGAUACCAGCAAAUGGAUGCGGUGACAAAUGGCAGCUUAGCUACCAAUGCCUGUCAAUCGAAGAGAAUGGGGUGAGCAGCCACCAUUCCCACCAGCUGGCCGGGCCACUCUGAAUCGCGCCUUCUGAGCACACAUAAAAGCACAAAGACAGAGACAGAGAGAGAGAGAGAGAGAGAGAAAGGAAGAGAGAGAGUGCCAUGGAGAAGAAAAGCAGGGUGGGGAGCCAUGCGGCAGGCUGUGUGUCCCCCUGGGCUGUACCAGGCCUGAUCUGCUGCAGCAGCCCCUUUCUCCCCACCUGGCAUCCACCAUGCCUCAAGACCUGGGGAAACUGUCCCUCCACGCCCUGGUGAAGGGCAGGAAGCCCAGGAAGUCCACCGCCUGUCAGAGACUGAGGAGCAGGGGCAAUGACCAUUCGACUGUUUGUCAGUCGGGUCCCUGACACGACGUGUGUGUGUGUGUGUGUGUGUGUGUGUGUGUGUGUG